AAUUAACUUUCUUGCUUGUCAUCUACAUUGUACUUGUCAUUUCGCUAUUCCGGUGCGCCAAUUUUUGUGUUUGUUAGAGUAAUCUACAAUUAGACACAAUUUUCCAACCAGUUUUUACUUUUGUAAUUAACUUUAGUGUUUAGACAACGAUGCCGCAAUUCAAGGUUAAAGUGAAAUGGGGAAAGGAGUCUUAUCCGGACAUCGAAGUGAAUACUGACGAGCCCCCCAUGCUUUUCAAGGCUCAGCUGUUUGCUUUGACAGGUGUUCAACCGGAGAGGCAAAAAGUGAUGAUUAAAGGAGUGACCCUUAAGGAUGUUGAUUGGGAUAAUUUUAAGUUGAAAGAUGGGGUUACUGUGUUACUUAUGGGGAGUAAAGAGGAAGAUGUGCCAAAGGAACCAGUUGAGAAAACUGUGUUUGUUGAGGAUAUGAAUGAAAGUGAAUUAGCGACUGCUCUUGACCUUCCAGCUGGGUUGACAAAUUUGGGAAACACUUGUUAUAUGAAUGCAACAGUUCAGUGCUUGAAAUCAGUUCCUGAGCUGCGGGAAGCGCUUCAGACAUAUCAAGGAGAAGUUACAGAUGCUGGCGGUGUGAUUCCCGCUCAGUCCAUCACUGCAGCGUUGCGCGACCUUUAUUCUACCAUGGAUAAAGGAAAUAAUGUUCCUCCUAUAGUGCUUCUUCAGAUGUUACACAUGGCUUUUCCCAGGUUUGCUGAAAAAAAUGAACAUGGUGGAUUUGCUCAACAGGAUGCCAAUGAAUGUUGGACUGAAUUAGUGAGAAUGUUGCAACAGAGAUUACCCGCCAAAUUGGGUUCUGGUAGUAGUCAAGAACAAUUCAAAUCUUUGAUUGAUCAAUAUUUUGGAGGAACUUUUGAUGUAGAAUUGAAAUGUACAGAAACAGAAGAUGAACCAGUUACUAAGAAUAAGGAGCAGUUUUUACAGUUGAGUUGUUUUAUAUCCCAAGAUGUGCGUUAUAUGCAUUCUGGCUUGAGAUCGAAAAUGCAAGAGCAAAUUACCAAAAAAUCAUCGAUUUUGGACAGGGAUGCGGUUUACAUUAAAACCUCUAAGAUAAGUAGAUUGCCAGCCUAUCUAACUAUCCAGUUUGUAAGGUUUUAUUAUAAGGAGAAAGAAUCGAUAAACGCGAAAAUCCUUAAAGAUGUGAAGUUCCCGAUGGAAUUUGAUGCAUAUGAUCUGUGUACACCCGAAUUGCAAGAAAAAUUGGCACCAGUGAGAGCUAAAUUUAAGGAACUAGAAGAUGCCCAAGUAGAAGCUGCAGCAAAAGAUAAAAACAAGAGUCAAGGAGACGGUAAAACAACUGAUGUGGAGAAAAAGUACUCUCCAUAUUGGUUCCAGGAUGACUUGGGAAGCAACAAUAGUGGAUAUUAUACUCUUCAGGCUGUGUUAACUCAUCGAGGUCGAUCUUCCUCCAGUGGUCAUUACGUCGGAUGGGUCCGUCACACGAAUGAUAGGUGGAUAAAAUGUGACGAUGAUAAUAUCUCUCAAGUUACUACGGACGAUAUUCUGAAACUCUCUGGUGGAGGUGAUUGGCACUGCGCUUACGUUCUUUUGUAUGGGCCUAGAAUGCUAGAGAUCUCAAACGUCGAUACUGAAGAGAAAAUGGCGACAGAUUAAAAUUGAGCUUUAAAUUAUAUUCUUUGUAUAGAACUGAAAAACGUUUCUUAAAAUAAACAACCGAUUAAUAA